UCGUAUCAACACGAACAGGCGCGUCAUGGGCACUGUAAAGGAGAGCACUCCCGACUGAGGGGACAGUCUGCCACCCAGCGCCGUCCAGGGUGGUGCCGUGGUGGGUAGAACCGCUCAUCGCCAGCUGCAGGAAGCAUCUGGAACGCAGGCUGUGAGAGCCAAACAGAAGAUGAGACUGCCUCCCCUCCUGAUAAUUGCCGCCACGCUCGGCGGAGCAUGGGCUGGCGCCUGUGGCGAGCAGGAGCACGGCCGGCUUCCGCCUCUGCUGGUCACCUCUGCCGAGACGCCCACGGUUUACGCCUGGCCUGAGCAGAAGGUCGAGCUCCACUGCCGGCCGUCCCAGGCCGGCGGCUGUCGGUGGCUGAAGGACUCCAGAGAGCUGGGCACCGAGUGUCGUCUGAGCACCACUGAGCGGGGCACGAUACGGUGUGUUCGCGGAGAGGAGACGUGCGGCGCGAUCACACUGAAAAACCCGAAAAAUCAGCAGGUCGAACACACCCACGUCUCUGAUUACGACCGCCGUCGUUACUACUACAGACGCCAAAAUCAAUAUUGGGACUACAAUGGAGAGACUCGAUGGAACCGCAAGCCCUCGACGUUCCUAUGCUCGCGGUCGGGCACCAUCAUUCUCAAAAGCAAGGCGUGUGAUGGUACCAGACACUGUGGCAAAGGUGAAGACGAAUGGCACUGCUCGCCGCCCUGUGGACCACCAUUUGUGAGCGAGCACACCAGGCUCUCCGAUCCAAAGGAGGAGUAUCCGGACGGCAGUCAUGCCACUUACACCUGCGAGAGCGGCUUCAAUCUGGCCGAGUCUCUGAGCGGGCUGCGAAGGACGUGCCGCGCCGGCCGGUGGGACGGGGUCGCGCCCGUCUGCCGGCGCAAUGUCGCCCUGGGACAGCUCAUCACCGUCACUGGCUUGCCGAUGACGGACUGCAAAACCGCCGUGGAUGGCUCGCUGGACACCUGGUGCAUGCUGGCACCCAGCGACGGCCCCCAGGCGCUGACUGUCCACCUGGAGGAUAACGCGACUGUAGAUAGGGUGCUGGUGCGUGCCCUUGGUACACGCUACACCGUGGCGCUGCAGCCGGUAAACCAGACCGAUGGUGAGGUGGAGUGUUCGUGUCGGGACCUGAACAGCGGCAAGAUAACGCCAACAGUCUCCGGAGUGCGAGUCUGCGUCUGCCCCGAGCCAGCGUCGAACGUCGAGCGGCUCCAGGUGCGGGUGUCGGCCGAGAAGGGCGCCUUCCUGGCGCUCUCAGUGGCAGACAUCGUAGUACUGGAGAGGUCCGACGAUGAUGAAGGGGGCGAAUGUGCACUUCUUGGUCAACCAGCGCACGGACGUUACGAGCCAGCACAGACGGGCACUGUCAAACUCUCGUGCGACCCAGGCUACAGCCCGUCCUGUUCCGACCCUGUCCGGUGCUACGACCUACAGAGCGGUACCGCCCGCCUUAGUUGCUUGGCCGCAAAAUGUCCGUCCCCGCCCGCCAUCCCCAACACCAAGACCGGCCCGAAGGACGGCACCGGCUGGCGCUCUGUGGUCGAGUAUAGCUGCUCCACCGGUUACACCCUGUACCCGUCCGAACAGAACACUACCUCGACAUGCGGCUCGGACAGCCUCUGGUCGCUCGGACACGUCUCCUGUGUCUCCGAGACCGAUAUCCGCGUGGUGGCCAUGCGGCUGGGCGAGCAGCACGAGCGCAGCAUGGCCGCACUGCGCGCCGAGCUGGAGACCCUGCUGAUGGGCCAGCGCCAGCUGCUGGCUGACCAGAACAGCACCCAGCAGCGGCUGAGCAAGCUGGAGCGCGAGGUGGCGCUGCUGGCACUGGCCGAGGGAGCGUACCUGCCCGCUCAGGAGAGAGAUCCGACGGAGGACGCUACCGAGCCCGCUCCCGAGGAGGAGGGUGUGACACAGACUCCAGAGACAGUCACAGACCGCGCCAUGGUCACCAGGCCCGAGCAGGAGCCGGCCGGCGCCGCGGACUCCGAGGAGCUUAGAGAAGGAGCAACUGAGACGACCCCCCGGCAGUCGCCAGCCAUGGAGCUGAUCCGUCAGAUCAGCUCCAGCUGAAGCUGAAUCUCCAAACACUCGCAUCCUUCUCUGAGCCGGGAACAGCUGUUCCGGGCGGGACGGAAACCAACACCAAUCUCGGGUAAGCCCCCUUCGGAGCAGGCUGUGGGGUGACCGUCUGAGUGGCUGGAUGGCCUGUCCCUACUCCCUAGGAACUGACUCAGCCGAGACGGCGUACGAUAGACGCCCAUGCCCGCCCCCUCAUAUCUAACAAAUCUCUCAUCUCUAAUCCCGUGGCCCAAAAAUGGUCUCGCUAGGGCGAAAGGCCAUGACCCAUAAAAACAACAGUGGAUGACGACGACUAGUGCGCCUAUUCUAUCCAACCAAGCGUGGACAAAAUGUCGAGUCCACGUGAAGUCCUCCAGCAUAGUCUGCGCCAGUGGCAGUGACAGUCGAAAGACAUGUUUGCCAGUGGUCAGUGGUUACUAGUUUUUAAGGGAAUUAAACAUACGACCAGUCUUCUAGCCGCCCGCCAUGCAGUGGACGAGUUAAAGCCAUAUAAUGUUCGUCGGCCACCCGAGUGCCAACUGUGCCGACCUGCCUAUACCGUGUAAAGUUCAGGACAUGUGCGAGGCGACGAAUUUUGUCGCGUCACGACUUACGACCCUCUUGUCAUAGCCAAUAAAUAUCGUCACCGUUGUU